AUGGAAAAUCGAGGGCUGUUCGGUGCCCUUUGUUACCUGAUGCUAAAUGCCCCUUUGCUGUUCAUGGUACAUGCUACAUUUACAGAAGUUCCUAAAGAUGUGACUGUUAGGGAGGGAGAUGAUAUUGAAAUGCCUUGUGCUUUCCGGGCCAGCGGAUCCACAUCUUACUCCUUGGAAAUCCAGUGGUGGUAUCUCAAAGAACCAGCACGAGAACUUGCCCAUGAGUUACCCAUCAGCAGCCCUGCCAGCAGAAACAAGGUAACAAAUAAGGAUGCCACCAAGAUCAGUACGGUCCGCGUCCAGGGCAACGACAUCUCGCACCGGCUGCGGCUGUCGGGCGUGCGGCGCCAGGACGAGGGCGUCUACGAGUGCCGCGUGUCGGACUACAGCGACGAGGACACGCAGGAGCACAAGGCCCAGGCGCUGCUGCGCGUCCUGGCGCGCUUCUCGCCGGCCGACGUGCAGGCGGCCGAGGCGGUCUCGCACAUCCAGAGCAGCGGCCCGCGCAGGAGCGGCCCGCCCGGACGAGCCACGGCCGAGCCCGGCCUGGGAGGCAAGCGCCUCCUGCCGGCGCAGGGCGAGGCCGCCGCCGCCUCCUCCUCCGCCUCCGCCUCCUCCUCCUCCUCCUCCUCGGCAGCCUCCGUCCCCGCCGCCUCGCCGGCCUCGUCCUCCUCCUCGCCGGCCUCGUCCUCCAGCACCACGACGGCGGCGGCCGCGGCGGCCGCGGCGUCGUCUGCCUCGCCGCCGCCCGGCAGAGCCGCCAUCCUGCGCCAGCAGCACGGAUCAGGUACAGAACCUAUUUAUGCUACAGAUCCUUUCCUCUGUAUACUCCUUUUAAUGUUACAUAAGCUUGUACAGUUAUUAUUAAACCACUGA